GCAGCACAGAGGCAGCUCAUAGACCCUGGUUUGUUCCCCCCUGCUAGUAAUAUUAUUAAUACAACUCCUGGGGUGCCAGGGAGGUGGAGAGGGGCGGAUGGAAGGUUAAGAGUGAAGCGGUGAGUGGAUGAGGGAAGGCAGAAACCAAGAAUCCUUUUGUAGUUCUCCUUUUUAUUCCCUCUUUUUUAAAUGUCAAGCUAAAAUAUUCAAAUGUCACGAUAAGACUAAGACGGGCGAUGAACACUCUUGCUUUUUUUAUUUCCUUUGAACUAUUCUUGCCCCCCCUUUCUUUUAAAGCUCUGACAUAACAUGACUUUGUGAAGCAGAUGGGGAACAUGUCCUGCACUGGUAUGUGGGAUGAUUUUCUACCAGGAGGCACAAAGCCUGACUUCUCCGCAUUUUGUCACAGGCUUGACUGGAUUUCAGACAUCCCAGUAGAAAGAAACCUAGCUAAACAUGGGGGAGGACAGACUAAAUGCCAUCCUUAAAACUUUUCUCAGGACUUUGAGAGGUCAUUAAUUUUGCCAGCCUUUUCUUAGUCUCUGACACUGGCCAUCAAUCAAAGGUGUUAUUACGACCCCAAACUCUGAGUAUGUCCCUGCUCAGACAAGGGACCACACAGUAGUAGGAAGAGAUUAAGCCUGUGUGUGUCACAUCACGUUGCACCCUUCUCCCUCUAAGUUGGGUGCUGCGGAAUAAGGAAAUUCCCAGGGACAGAGGGUGUGGUUGUAGUGUUUAACUUUAUCAACAAAAAAAAAGGGUCUUGUGUAGCAAUUUGAUUAUUGGAAAAGGCACUGCAGACUACUAAUGCUUUUCUCCAAAUUAAAAUUCCCCCAAAGCACCAAACCAAAUGAGAUUUAGAAAAUUCAAUUGUUUCACCUCAUUGAUUCUGGCCAAAUAAAAUAUAUUAAAGGAAUAAAUUAACAAUUGACCUCAUACUAAGGGUCUCAGGAGUAGAAACAAGUCAAAUGCUCUCAGUUUAUAUGUUGUUUCCGAGCUGCUCUGCCCCCACCCAUCCCCUCCCUCCCUCUCAGCCUUUAAGCAACAAUAGAAACUUGUUUCCGGGGUCUGUGCGUCAGGCUCGCUGAUGUGAAUGACCCACCAGCACAAAAGCAAAGUCCCUUGACUGGGAAAAAAGGGGGGAUAUAGCUGCCUGUGAUGAUGUCACGUUGCCAAAAUUGUGCUGCUAGCUAAGAGAGGGAGGCAGAAUCACUUUGAGUAGGCGUUGAAAGCUCACUCCUGAAUUCACGAGUUGUUGUGAUGCGGCCUCAGCUCCGUUUUCCUCUGACACUUAUCACUGUGAAGAACUAAUUGUUGAAUUUGCAACAAUUUAUUUUGGCAAUUACUCCAGUAGAGUUGAAUAUGCAAAGUCUCUGUAGUUCCCACUUCCCACACAUGAAUUCUUGUUUUUCUAGUCAAAUCAAAAGGCCAUCUGUAUAAAUGGAAAAUAUAUUCUUUAUUGUUGUUAAGUUGUUGCUUUUAGAUUUGAGUUUUUCUGUAUUUUCAGUCACAGUGUUAAGCCGCAGAUAAUUAGAUCAGUGCUAUCACUUUCGCUGUUUCUCCCCAGGAAUUAACAUAAGAAAGAUUUUUUUUUACGGCCUCACUCCCCUUCUGCUUCAGACUUUUCUUUUCAACUCUUAAAUGAGUCACUGCCUCACCUCAACAUGCACUUCAGUAAGAGGGGGGAUCUUUUUAUUCAGCUGCAGCAUAACGUAUUGUAAUAAUAAUCAUAAAAUGAGUUUUCUGCAUUCUCUGCCUAACCAAUACAAAUAUGUGUAAAUGCUGUACAUUUUGAGUGUGUGGUUAAACUAUGUCUUAUAGUCUAUACACUUGAAACUCUUCCAAAAUGAUUCCACUUAAAUUGGGAUAAGUGCUGGCAGCGUAACAAUCUGGCUCUUGGACACAUCCUUCGUUGUAUUCACGGCCGGCCAACAAACUUCCUGUAAAUACGUUAUUGUUUACAACAGAAGUUUCAUACCCAGGAUUUCUUAAGGUCAACAUUUCUUCUGGCACACUGAGCCUGAACUGCACUUUAUUCCCCUUUAAUUUAACAGCUCCGGCAGCUUUUCUAGUUAAAUCGACUGUUCAUUAUUGAGACCCAUUUUACGAAGGGGCUGUGAGGUGCAAUUUAAUGAAUCUCUGGCACAAAGCUCCCUUUCACUGCCGGGCGAAGAAUAGAGGCUAUUUAGACCCUGUAGGGCUUUAUGUCAAAGGCAGCCCAUAAUAGUUGUCAGGCCAGGGCAGAAAUUCCCACUGGCCUGGGAUCGCACAAGAAAUCAACUUUUGCCAUGAGCAGAUUAAGACACAAGCGAGCAGUUGGGAAGAUUCCCCCUAAUAGUGGCAUCUGUUUGUGCACACAGAUUUUCCCACAGAAUAGAAGCCUUUCUCACUACUGUAGAGCCUUGGUUUGUGGUUUGUUUCAGUGCCUAAAUGAGCAGUAAUUAGAUUACAACUUAACUUCCAUUUGUCACUCCAGAAAGGAAACACAUAAUGGUGUUUGAAUGGUGGUUAAAAUGUUUUGAAAAGCAACCAGGAAUCACACGAAUAAUGAUAUCAGUUGUGGAUUUUUGGAGAAAAUGUUACUGCUGAAGAAAUUGGUUUAGUUAUUUGUUGUUUGUUUAAUAAUCAUGUAACAAAUAGUUUAAAAGACAGAUUUUGGUUUAGUAAUUCUACCCAGAAAAAUACUCUACUAUUCAUGUGUAUUUCAAAGGUUUUCUGCUCACUGUUACAGUCAUUUCCUUCAGUUUCAUGAAAGCGCUUUUGGUUCAGAGCACACACAAACAGUUAAACUAGAGGGGGAGAGUUCUGACAGAGUUUAUUGUCUUCAACACAGCAGGGAAUUUCAGACAAAUCCCUCUUAGAUGCAGGUGGUCAGGCACAAGCAAAGAGUUAAGUCCUGCGCUCUCUUUGCCCCUCCUCUUUGAUGUUCUGACAUCAUUAGUCCAGCCCCCCGAAAGAUCUCCUUGCUUUUCUCAGAGCCCGUCACUUCUACUCUGGAAUGUGUGCAGCAACUUCAUGAGCUGCAUCAGGCCCAGGUGUUUGGAGAGAGACAUGCUGUGAAGAAACUUUUAGUUCAGGGACCACAGCGGAUGCCACAGGUCUAGCCGCUGGGCUCAACAGAGUAAUGGCUGUUCAGACUGCAAUCAUGAACCCUCAGUUCAUGAGUUUCUGCUUCCCUGGUUCUGUGAUGGAGUACGAGGUGGAGAAAGGCCUGGAUGGGAGUCUCCUCGGUGAGGCAGAAAAUGACGAGGACUACAAGGAGACCACUAGGGAUCUGCUGAGCUUCAUAGACUCAGCCUCCAGCAAUAUCAAGCUGGCUCUGGACAAGCCGGUGAAAUCCAAGAGGAAAGUCAACCACCGGAAGUAUCUACAGAAGCAGAUCAAAAGGUGCACUGGCAUUAUAACCCCAGGAAAUGUAGCAGAUGCUGCUGUUAAAAGACAGGGUUCCCCCCUGGCUCAACCCAGCCCUUUGCAGAGCAAAACUCUGCCUAAACGCGAUGGAGUCCAGGCAAACUUACAGAGCAAGAGCCUGGCAGCCCUGUUUAGCCCUGUAAAGGAUAUAAGAGGUGAAAAAGCCAAGAAACCACCCCUAAGGCAUCGCAAUCUGCCCCCCUCUUUCUUCACCGAGCCUGCCAACUACUCAAAAGUCAGCUCCACAUCUGGGAUGACGCUGAAGGACUUGGAGCGAGGAAAUCCUGAGGCUGCGGAGUUCUUCGAGCUCUUGGGGCCUGAUUAUAGCAACAUGGUGAGCGACCAGGACCUUUAUCAAAGUAUGCCGGUCCGUGUGCUGCCAGAGAUGGGAGGCCUGGAUCCUGCUUCAUACGAUGCUCAUAAUUUAGUUGGUGGACUGCUGUACUCCGAACCCUGGACUAGCUGCUCGGGACCCUCUAAGAAACUAGAGGAGAGCCUUCGUACGGGCCCAGCCCAGCCUCCUCUCUACUGUCCCUCUGAGACUGGGUCCAUAGAGGACAACGCACUGUGCACUUUGGCCUUCCCAAACUUCUUCACAGACUGCUCCAUACCUCAGGUCACUUAUGAUUUAAGUGGUGGUUAUAACAGAGCUAACUAUUCAUCUCUAUGAGAAACUGUUCUUAGAAGUGCUGCUGGUGAAAAGCAGAUACAAUUGCUCUGAUUAGUUUAACACUAGGCUAAGAGAAUUGGAUAUUACUUUAUCAAUAUUGUUUAUGUGUUGUGGGAGCAAUAUUGCAACUGGAUUUAAUCAUUUUGCAUAAUCUCCUCAUUGCGUCAUGUGUCACUUUCCUGGGGAAAAACAAGCAACUUCAAAUAUAGUAUUUCAUGAGAAACUGUCCAAAGCUUUUUCAAGUCAAUGCAUUCCAUUUACCUUUUCGACAUCCCAGUCUAAUGAACUCUUCUGUUUUUUCUGUUAAAAUGUUUCACAUGUUGAUAUUAUUUUCUUUAUCUCAGGCAAUUUCUAAUGAUAGUCAGAAAGAAAAUUCAUCUCAUUUUGGGUGAGUUUCAGUUUUGUCAGUGGAGUGAAUCCGGUCAUUAAUAUGAAGACUUUUCAUUCUUACAAUUUCAUGUUGGACAAAAAGAAAACAUACAAGCUGCAGAUAUAGUUGUUGGCGAAGUCCGCUGAACCUCACUUAUUGCUAGAUAUUAUAGAAGUGUUCGUCACAUUUACCACUUGUAUCCAAUGUAUUGGAAAAGCCUUACAUGUAUCUAGCUAUUGUAAGAGGACAAAAUAAAGCUGGUCUUUAUUAUUGUAUAACAGUGUCUGUUUUUGUGUUAAUUGUUGAUCAUGGUUUUGUUGAGAGUUGAGUUUGUUGCAAUCGCAAGUAAAUAAAUCAAUACAUGCACAUUGCACUCUUAUAUAUCCUUUGAGGGCUGCAUAUAAUGCAAAGUGUUUCCAUUCUUAUCUCAACAUCCUGAAGCUUCUCUACCCUGAGUUUUCCUGUUUUGUUAAAUAGUAUUGCUUGUUAUUCCAAUGCUUUUAUCAUCUAUCUGCAACUGUGAACUACUCUUUAACCCUUGGUUUGAAGUGCUUUAUGCAAUCAGUUGAAACUAUUGAGUCAUUACACAAACAGUAAACAACGGUUUAACAGGUAGUAUUUGCUUCAGUAUUUCCUUACAUUGCAUCAUAUAGGUGUUUGUAAUUGUUCUACUCACAGACAGUAUAACAAAUGUACAUUUACUCAAGUAUUUAUACUCGCUUAAAUAGCUUGAAAAGACACAGAAAUGCAUUGCUGAUUAACCAGCAUUGUUUCUUUCUGGUCCAAUAAAUUGGAAUUCCGGUCUCAUUUGUUGAGAUGUUAGACAAAAGGGGAAAACAACAUAACAAUUCUGAGGGAAAAACAACAACUGGUACACACUGGAGAAAUAAUUCAGUGCUGCUUGAUUGAUUUUAUAUUUCUGCUGGGACUGAGAGCCGGCUGGUAAACACUCUGUGGGACAGAAACGCCUCAAAGUGUUGUGAGAUUAGAAAAAGUAAGUUCAUGUACAUUUUCUAACUCAACAUCAUUGCCCUUAAUUACCUUCUCACACAAACAUUCUCAAAAUAAGCAAAAAUUGAGGAAGUAUGACAAUCAUUUAUAUUUAAUUCCCAGUUUUCACUACUGCACCACUCCAUCAGUCCAUUUGCUGGCUUAAUAUGGGCAUGGGAGUUAUUCAUUUCCUGCAAGUUGUCUGUUGAAACCUCCAGACCAUCUUUUGAAUACCAUGACCCCGUUAACCGUAGGCUAUACAUUAGUACCACCCUCUGCUGGCUGAUGAAAGUCCAAUUCAUAGUGCAGAAAUCCUGGCUCACAGUAAAGUCUGCAUGGUGAACUCUUGUAGAAUAAUGAUAGUCACAUUGUUCAACAUUGUAUAUAAUAUUAAACAGGUUGAUUAUCUUUCUUUUUUUACGUUCUAAAAUAUGGCGGGUACCCCCUUCAGAAAUAAAGGUGUACAGAUAUGUAACGCUUAAGUAAAAGUUAUCAGAAAAAGGGAAUUGCCACAAUGUCUAAAUGCUUUUGUAUACUUUUAUAUAAAUACAUACAUUAUAUGUAUCUGCUUCUUGUUGUACUUAAAACAAAUUCAAUAUAAAAACAAUUAUAAUUUAUUUUGUUUCUUCUUCCAUGCAGUCUUAUGUGUGUGGGGAUAAUAGACACUUUUUCCUUGUGAUAUUAGCCUAUUUACAGCAAUGGUAUUUGACCAAAAAUAGUAAUACAGCAAUAUCCUACCAAGUGAAAAUACCCCGCCUACCCUAAAAAUAAGAAAAAGGAAGAAAAGGAAAGGACAUUUUUUUUCUCUGGUUGACUAAACAUGCAUGAUCUGGCUAAUCGCCACACUCCUUCAUAACACAGUGCACACAAAUCCACAAAGACCGGCAGUCUUCAGUUGUUUACGACGAGUUCACUGGGGAGUUAAGUGCUUCAGCUUGUUGUUGAAGAAGGCAGGAGCAAUUUCCAGUUGUUUUUCCUACGAUUUAUUGACCCAUAGCUCCCUUUUUCAAUUUCCAAUCAAGAAACAAUAUAAAAUGGCAGAGCACCACAAACAUGUCCGUCAGUGUUGUCUUCAGGCCCAGCAGCUACUAAUAGCACACACUAGAUGGCAGUAAUGUUCCACUGAAAACUCAAAUGUCCACCACUCUCAUUUAGACACAGAUGCACUCUGAUGUAUGAGAUGAUUUGUGAAACUGCAGUAUUGUGUAGUGCUCUUUCAAAUUCCAUGACAUAAAUGAGUCCUGGAUUUAGUUAGUUGGAGGGGAAUGGGUGCAUAUAAACUGUGAGUAGUUUACAUUUCUGUCUUUUUCAGAGUUGGUUUAAAUGGAUUUCCACACACUAAUGUUAAGAUGCUGUAAGAGUAUCAUGUAAUGAUGUACAUGUUCAUUGUAAUGCUCUAUUUUUAAGCUUAUAAUAGUCUGCCAGGCUUUUUUUUACAUUCCGACCAGCUGGCUUUGUUACAGAUUGGUCAACAACACCCUAUGUCAUUCACAAGACAAAAAAGAUAUCUGGCAAUUUGCAAUAGAAAGCUCCACACACAGAAGGCAUAUGGAUUUUCUGUCCCUGAGUUGUCACCGGCUGAUACAUUCAGAUUAAACCCUACUGAUGGAGCCACAACUGUAUUCUUCUUUGAUUUAUGGCACACUGAGAUGCAAUGUUUGUCAAAGAGAUUAACAAGAACUGUGUUGGCGCAGGGCUGAAUAACAAGAGCCUGAUAUCUAGGUAAACUAGAUAAUAUACAGAAGAUUUUCUCUGGCAUGGUAUAUCAUGUCCUAUAAUAAAAGUAGUGUAAACACAGAUGAUAUAAUUUGCACAUGUAUACGGAAUGGAAAAACAAACCAGUGCUCAAAUGAAAAAGUUAUACAUUUCAGAGUUGUUAGCUUCGUGGUGUUACAUUAGAAUUAGAGUAUCCACGCCUGCCCUCUCUCUGACCUUUCACAGCCAGUCCUCAUGGCUUGUUAGCGCCACCGGGGUGAAAGCACAGUUGCCAGAUGAUAUCCGUUAGCCUUUCGUAUAUACUCUCUCAGUAACAUGUAACUUACUUUUGCACAUGUUUGUUUUAUAGAGAGCAAUUUAUAGAAAUAAUUCACAUGCAUGCUAUUGAAGCAUAGCAUCACUGAUGUUUGUCCCUACUGUGAUAAAUGCCAAAUGAAUGAAGCCUCUCUCAUUCGUACUGGUCCCCGCCUAAGCAUGUACUGGACGGAGAUUUUCCAAACUCUAUGCCAAGUGUUCAUUAUUGAACUGGAUCCAAAUCCUCUGGCUGCCCUAUUUGGGGUAAUAGGAAAGGAGAUGCGUUUAACUGCAGAACGGCGGCGAUCUCUGUCUUUUGCUCUCCUCUUAGCUCGUCGAGCCAUCCUGCUUAGAUGGAUAGACAGUUUCCCGCCCACUCAUCUACAGUGGUUGACAGAUGUUAUGUCCUGUAUGAAACUUGAAAAGAUCAGAUACUCGCUUCUAUACUCAAACAGCAAAUUUCAGGAAGCCUGGGGACCUUUUAUAAAUGCAUUUGAAACUCUGUAAAUCAUUCUGUUAUUGGUUUAACUUAAGUGCAGCAUAUGUAUGUAGGCCUAUGUAUGUAUGUAUACAUGUAUGUAUACAGCAAAUGUGUAUGUGUAGGUUGCGUGUGUGUAUAUGCAUUUGUUUUACAUGCAUAAUACGCAUCCAACAAUAUGUCUGGCAUAUAUUCGUGUGUAUAAGGAUCACUGGCAGUGAUAGGGGAUUACUUUAGUCGUUGUUAUUGUUUGUCUGUGUUUUUCUUGUUUUGUUUUUUAUUUUUCCUUUUGUACAUACAAUCAGCACAGACCAAUCGCUCAUUUGCGUUGGCAUAUAUUAUGUUUACCAUUACUCUCUGACACACACUGCUUAUUAAUUGUCGAAACUAAAUACAAAUAUUUUUGAUUUGAAGCAUAGCAUCACCACUAUCUUUAAUUAACUGCUUUGCAGAAAAAGGACACAUUACAACAGAUUCAUGCUUGGCUUAAUAUAAUAAGCUGCAAGUGGCUCAUUGUAUCCACUGAUUAUCAGCUUGUAAAGAUCACAUUUCUAUUAUUCGUAACUUGACGUUUCAUUUGUCAUAUUCUCCAGCGUACAUAUUCAUUAUAAAACAAUAUUUCAUAACUUAAUAUUACCUUAUAAUUGCACCUUUGUGUCUGAAAACUGCUUUUUCAGUCCCCACGGCCAUUUAUGUAUUCCUUGGGUGCUACUUAUGUCCUUCCAAAGAUUUCCAAUCGAAGUCUUGAUACGUCCUUUGUAAACACCAAAUUCAACUUUAAAUCCUUGACUUUUAGACAUUUUAUUUCAUCACAGAUAAUGCUGCCUUCCACCUUUCAAGGACUACACAGCAAGCCAUUCAAAGCAGUAAAUAAAGUGCAGAGAGAUAUGACUUCACAUUGCCAUUUUCACACCUUGUAUUGCACUGCCUCAACCAGUGAUAGCAGUACGUUUCUGUGAACAUUAAUUUUAAAUGAAUAAUGUAUCCUUGCCUGAUCCUUUUUCUUGUCUGUGGUAGUAAGAUUAUCCCAACAAAUACAAUUUGCUUAGAGCACAGUAUAUUUCUUUCCAUAUGUAUUUCAUGUCUCACUGCUUUCCAUUUAAGUCUGCAUUCAUUUUCAGCAGCUAUGGUGCACUGUUUUGCCUCCUCAGGGUGUUGUGAGUAUGCUGGCUUACAUCUGUGUGUUUUUGUCAGUGUGAUACCAAUUGCAAGUUGUGCAGAUGACAAAAGUCUUGGCGAGAUUAAAGGCUAUACUGCUGGAGAUCUUUCAUCUCUGGCAGAUGCUACCCAUAUUGACAGACACAACUCUCUCGUGAAAAUCACAUUAAUAAAUAUCAAUUUAAAAGCCAUUCCCUUCUCGGAUGACAUACUUUAAUAGGUGGAGUCGCUCCUGUUAUAACUAUGACUAUCAAAGGGGUCUAAGAAAGCAAAAUGUCACUAUAGUCAAUGUCAUCUGAUGUGUUAAAUUGUAGAGAAGGGAUGAUUAUAGACUACACAUUGUCAUGUAUAUGGAUUUAUACCAAACAUAUGAAACAUAACCAUUAGUUGAGGUUUAAGGGAUGUAAUUGAACACUUUACUGAAGGUGGAUUGGUCAUUAAAAGGGAAAACAUGGGAACAUUGGAAAAUAUGUAUUACUUUUGUAUCUGUGUGUUAUCUGUUAAGUCUCUUUCGCUGUUAGGAAGCCAGCCAUCCAUAUUUAUUCGGCUUAUCUAAGUCAGGGUCAUGCCGAUCAGAUCUGAGUAUCAAAAGCCUGUUUUACCCAAGCACCCUCCUCAGGUUCCUCUCCUCAUAGUUGGUCAGGGAACAUGGUCAUUAGCCUUGUCCAAAUCCACCAUCCAACACAUGUAGACAGGAUUUGCAUAUUCACAUGAGACCCUGAUUAUCUCCAUGCAGUUAAAAAGCGUGUCCAUUUAUGAAACACACUAACAAUUAGAAAUGUCUCUUGUAAUGCUUGACAGUCCAAGCAGCCGUGCACUGCCUGAUGCCGCGCCCAAAUGCCUAAAGAUAAAACAAAUCAGAACUGCUUAUUUACUUACUUGUCUGUUCAUUUUGUUUCUCUGCUGUAUUACAGUACUGUAUACUGUAGCAGUGGCUGCUGUUAACUGCAUGAAAAAUAAUGUUGGCGGUAUGACCACCAAACAACAACGUAAGUAGGGGAAUUAACUAUACCAACUUGAAAUCUUCUGCCUGUCAUGUUACACAACAUUCAGCCCGCUGUGAAGAAAAAUAAUGACAUUAUAUACAGUAAUAAUUUCAAAGAAAAAACUGAACAGUUUUAUACAUAUUGACAAAAAAAUGUGUAUAAACCAGGCAGUAUCAUCAUGAUGUAUCUCAUUACACAAUCUCCAUGGCCUUCUAUACCUGUCCACAAGGAACCCUCAGACUUCCACCUGCUCACCUGUUUCCACUUCCCCUCAUCAGCCCAUCGCAGCCCAUUUUUCCCAGUUUGUUAAGUAAGCUUUUGCCAUGUGUUUCCAGUCAUCUGACCUGGCCUGCCUGCUUGCACUUGCACAAUUGUCUGCAUUUGGGUUUUUUCCCUCUCAUCAACCUCACAGCUAUCUGAUGACAUGCUUAAAACUACAACUACAAACUACUAUUCAGGAAUAGUAAGUAAUACCCAUUCUACUUUUCCUCACUGCCCUUUUUAUAAAUCAACUGAACAAUGAAAAUUGCAUUCAAUGUAAUUGUCAUUGGCAAAAAGAAAAGAGCAUAAGCAUUUACUCUGACACUUGCAGGCUUUUCAGUUGUGUCCAAUACCUUAGACAGCACAACAACAAAAUAAGGCAUUUCAUUUCUAUUAUUAUCGCUUUCUGGCUUUAGGUAGAAACAGAAUUUAGAAAACAAGAUUGUUGAAUGCCUCUGCUGAGGGCUUGAUGUGUCUAGCCUGUCUUUGGUAAUUUAAUGCAGCCAAGUCUGCCACUGCACAUGGCUGCUUGUCUUUGUGCAAAGUGGAAACGUGAGUAUUAAACAUUCUCACCUGAAAAUAGACCUUACUCUGUGAAAAUCAUCCAAAUCCUGCGCCAACAAGACCCACAGAGCUGUUCAGUGCGAGAUUUUGUUGUUGUUGCAAUUAUCUCUCUAUUGAAUGUCUUGAAUUAUGAUUCAUUACAUCCUGCAAAAUACAUUUGCUCCCUGGCUACUGUCAGAUGCGAAUGUUCAAGGAUGUUAGGAUAGAAGUGCGUUGUGAAGCGUCUUUGUCUUUGUGUCAUAUCGAGGGCAGGAUCUGAUCCAAAGAUAUAAAUGACGUGCCUAUCAUCUGAAGGAGAGAAAGUUGUAUUAUACCACCUGCACAUCCCUUGAGAAGCAUUAUAAUCUGUAAUGGCGGAGAAAAUCCCAUUACCUGUCACAGAUUUCUUCCCUCAUAAUUGCUGGAGCCUCCCCUUUGGGAGGGAUGGGGGUGAAGGACGACAGACACGCUGAUAUCAGACUAUCUUCAGGAGAAAUCUAGGGGACAUCUAUUUUCAUCUUGUCAUUCCUGUAGCAAGGUUUGGCCUUUCUCAACCCUUGAAAUAGAGUUUUCAAAUAAAACAUUACCGCAAUAACACGACUGCACCACCAUCAUUUGAUGCUAAAGACCUAGUGUGCUGACAACUACAUCACUUGUUGUGGUGAAUAACUGGUGAUUUAAAUAGCCUUUAAGCCAAAUUGUAUUAUAAUAUGACCAGUAUCUCGUUUUUCUUUGUUUCCUAUGAUCGUUAUAAUGCUUUGUUUGAUUAAAAAAAAAGAAAGAUCUAUUUCUUGGUAUGUAAUCUCUAUUGUCAAUAGAUCAAUAUGUUUUAGUUAAAGGUACAACUAUGAAUCUAGUAUGGGAAUUUAGCAUUGACCCUGUAUGCAUUCAUUACUUAUCAAUCCACAUGUACCCAUCCUUUCUUUCUGAUCUAGGUCCAGAUGAUGGAAGAGUAAACUUGAUUCAACAGAGCAUUCCAAGGUUAGAAACCUUUCCUUAUAUUGUAAUCGUCCAUGACAUUCCAGUUAUUACCCAAGAUAAUGGGCUGCCUACACAUGAAGGCCUCAAGAAAUCACCUUUAUAAAAUACCUCAACCACACCAAUUAGCUCAUUGUGUUGGAGCAGGGAUUCUAUUGUAAGAUCAUCAUGAUACCCACGCUCCUAACCCUUUGUCUAAGCCAAGAUAUCCUAUGAAGCACGGUGGCUAUAUGAAUCUACAAUCUCACUCUUUUAGUGCAACGUAAAACACAACACCUUGUAUUGCCUCUAAUGCAGGGACGCCUUCUACAGCUACAAAACCGCCAAAGGUGUGACAUUAGAAAUACAAGAUCACUCGGUCCAUACAGUUGUUUGCUCUUCUCCCAGAGCUCCAUUUGUAGCUUUACAUCUACCAGUCAACCCAAUUACAACAUAUUUAAACACAUGGGGGUCUUCUUGUCCACUAAAUAGCUCUGAGUUUUUCUGUUCCACCCUGUCAAGACAAUAAACAAGAUAUAGUUGUAAUUCAACAGAAUUUGAAGAAAUAGUACCCCUGUGAAAACGGAAUGUAUUCAUCUUCAAGUUACGUAAGAAACCUGCUAGACAUUAUAUAAGCCUCAGUCUCUUCAUAAGAAUAGAAACGGAUUAAAUGUACUCUCUAUCUAGCUGCUAAAUAUCUGAAAUAGGUUCUAGCAUAAAUCUCAUUUGAGUAUCUUAUGCGUCUCCCAUGCAAAAACCCUAUCUCUUUUUCAGGCUCUUUUUUUGUCCUCUGAUGGAGCACAUUUCUGUUGUAUUUCAUCACUUAAUCCUCUCGUCUAUGAUUUGUCUGGUCCAAGAAAUAAUUUGGUCCAGGUGUAAUGCCUUGGAUGAGACUGCUUUGUUUGUUUGCCUUGUUAUUUCUUCUAUAUUGUGGUGCAGGUUGAGUGGAGCGAUUCUCUGAAUGAUGGCAUGCCCCCAUUUUUAAUGAACUGUUUAUCUUGUGUCUGGUUUCUGGCAACGUUUGAUGUUUGCUCAUGGAAAGAAAGAGCGAGAACAGAGAGAGACGGGGGAUAGAAAACCUGCUUGUGACAUUUUGUUUUGUCUUUGUUGAAAUGAACAGAUUUCGGUACACGUUUAAAAGAGCAACGAAGAGACAUCAACUCUGAGGGUAUUCAGUUUUGAUUAAGGUCCUUUUGUGAUGUCCCCUGUAAGUUAUGUUAAACUGUACAGUUCCUCCAUGAUUAGAGGAAGAUAAAAUAUAGGUUUCUGAUACUGUAGAAAAUAUGGCGUACUUACAGUCCAAGAAUAAAGAAUAUGAUUUGUUCUUUUUUACCUACUAUGCCUUGAAUAAUGAGUUUGGAUGUUUCUCCCUCAAGUAUGCGUUGUCUAAAGCCUGCAGAAAGACCUUUUGAGCAAAUAGUGUGCUCUAACUUCAGGUUUCUUGAUUAGAAAAGAUUGUUGAGUUACACAUAAUUAAUUCUACACCAAAAAGCAUCUUAAUGUUGUUUCAGUCACAUUUACUCAAAGACUUUCUCAAUGCAUAGUAAAGUAAUGAAGUUAUAAAGACACGAUGCCUCUAUGUCCUUGUUCGUUUUUGUGAUAUGCUAAUGUAUGCAGAUUAAGGGUCCAUUAGCAUCUCAGUCCCAGGAGAUAUCUUGCAUGUACUGAUUGUAUUUCUGGAGCCAAAAAAAUGAUAUAGGCUGGCCAAGUUUUUUCCCUCUCCUCUGGCUAAUUGUUCCGUUAGCCUUCAUCCAAACAAUUAUUCCAGGCUUUUGAAAUAACCAGACAGCUUAUUCUCGAGCGAAAUCAAUAUUUGUUACUAGUUUCCGACAACACAAUUACAUGUUGGAAAGGUAUGAUUCAAAAGUGUGCAGUGCCGUUGAGUACAGUUCGCAAGAGAAUGCAUUUCCUCUAUGAGGUGUGCGUAAUUAAAAGGAACUUUAUUUAUUGUAUUCCUCUUUUCAGCAGCCGUUUUACAAGUAGAAUUUCCUCAAGCAGAAAUAUCAUCCUCUCAAAAGUUAGCAAACAUCUCAAACUCUUUCUCAGAAACUGUGCUACCUUUCAAAGUGCAAGAUAAACUACAAAGCACGAGUGUAGGUGAACUUGUCUGGAGCAGCUGCAUUUAAUACUGAUUUAUUGACUGUACAAAGAUAAAUGACUAACAGCUGUGUUACUAGCAGCAGUGACAUUUUCACUAGGUACAUUUCCUUUUCUUACUGUCCCCAUCCUCCAGGCAUUCUUCUAUCUAACACUCACACAACCAGCACACUCGACACAAACCAACAAAUUGCAUUGCACCUAGUUAUCAUGGAACUUAGACCACACUUAAAAUUCCUUAAUUUACUACUAUUUUUUUAAAUACUUGUAAUCUGAUCUGACUGGACCGUCUCAAAAGCAGGGAUAUAUUUAUGUAGCACCUCCUUUGCAUUGUGCGCCGAAUAUUGAGCUUCCCAAAAUGUGUAUAAUUUAAUAUUUUCAAAACCAUAUCCAAAAUCAUUACCGGAUUUGUCGGGGGCUUGGAGAUUAACAUGGCAGAUAACAUUUGUAUUUAUCUAUCAAGACAGUAGGGCGGGACCGGACACAAUUGUAUGUUCCCCUCUGUCUCUGUUACUGAUAGGGGUGUUUUGUGCUCACUCAGCAUACUGUAGCUUUAGGCUUUGAGUCAGAAUGAGUGCGGGAAAUCAACUGGGAAAAAAGCCCGGGGUGUCAAUGUUUUACAAUAUAAAAUGAUAUAAUUAAAAUAAUAGAACCAUUUACUUAAUGUUUUCUGUUGAGCACUUAUUGAAAUAUUGUACUUAUUUACUUAACACUUAUAGUUAUGUCUACAAGACCUACACUAAAGUUGUCAAUUGUGUGUCGAAUAUACACAUGGAUACUAUGUAUAUCCGAACAAAACUUUUUUAUCACGGCUAUAGAAAGUCAUUCUCAGUUUGGAAGUGUGUCUUAUUUGCAUAGUAACAAGACAGCAGAUGCUCACUUUAUAGGGGAAAGAACGUCUGAUAUCCUCACAGGUUAUUGCGAUAUGUUUUAACGCUCUAUGUAAUAUUGUAAAUCGAACAGAUGCUUCAGUAGUUAAAUUGAAAAUGAAAACCAUUUUCACCUUUCUAAUGUUCCAACUGUUAUUAAAACAUCCAAGAAAACUCUGUGGAUGAAGGGCGAGUCACUUAAAGAGAUGGACGGCUUUGCAGCCCAGCCCAGCCAGAGGGGUUCAAGGUGUGAUGAAUACUAAAAAGAGAAGACUAUGAGGAAUAAGAUUUAUUUACAUGCACAGCAACAACAUUAUUGAGUCAUCAAUAAACCUUCACCUCUAACCAGUAAAUCUGUCAAAUGCUUAAUCAAACAAAAUCUCAAACCAACAGCGUCUGAUCCUCAACAUGAGGGCGCAUUAAUGUGUUCUAUUGACAUUAACACAGACAUGCAAAUCUGCAUACAAAUGAUGCUGAAUUAGCUGGUUCACUUUAGGCUGUUGGAAGUUUUAGGGGACAUUCAUCCGUAGGCAAAGUGAUACACUCCCAAAAAAAAUGUAAAACAUAUUUCUGACAUAAAAAUGGACCUCAUUAUUCAAUCAAUGAAAUGACAGUCUAUAUUAUUUUAUGUAAAUACAAGUAGCGUUUUUUAGGGGAAAAGAUUGUCUUUCCUUGUUGAAUAUUACUUGAAAACACACUUGCUUCGUGUGCAAAUACACCUCAAAUGCUAUCAAUCACGACACAUAUCAUUAGUAUGAGUGUAGUCCUCUGUGACCUUUUCAGAUCACAUUAUGAUAGUGAACACAGUGAGAAGGUCAUCGAGCGUCCUCUCUCUACCAAGGGGGGGAAGGCACAAUGUAAGUUGCUUCAAUUUCGAUAUUACAGGAGGGAACGCGGAACAUGCUGAUUAGAAAAGGCCCAUAAACAAAGAACAUACAGCUGACACUACAGAACGUUCAUUAUCUAUGACUGCACUUUUGAACCAUCACAUACCAGUUAAAAUCAUACGGCUACAAAUGGCCAUGAAUUAUUAAUGUUGAAGCAGACUUUACAUGUAGGCUACUUUUUAGUUUGAUCUUCUGACAGACUGCAUGAAGUGCUCAUCUCAAUAAGUCAUAAUUCGUACAUGUAGACUUUAUAAAUGAUGUCAAAGACGGAUUAUAUUACCUUUUUAAGGAAUCAAGAUUUUUCUAGAAAUCGCUCUCAAGAUUACAUUAGUGAAAAAAGGUGAGAUAUUACAACUCGUAAAAUUCCAACUAGCGUACAAACACACACUUUCAGCUCCUCUGCCCUACAAACACCGUUAUGUUUGCCCGCAGCACCUCCAGCUAUAGACAAACUGAGAACUCUGACUAGCUAUUUAAUUCUGCUCAGGUAAGGCUGAACUCGAAACAACCCCUGCUUUGACCUUAUUAAUUAAUUUCUCUGGGACUUUCUAUUGAUUGGAAAACAGUGGCAAAAUAGGCUGCUGCUGUAUGUUUGUAUAUCAUAAUCCAAAUAUGGAAAGAAGACUUGGUCAUAAGGCUGAUUCGAUGAUAUGACCUAAGGACAUUCACCUAAUAGGUCUUUGAGUUUACAGUUCAACAGCAGUCAUAGAUUCUAACCAUUUAGACACAUGAGGAACAUCCACAAUGGACAGAAAGGCAUAAACUAUGGUUAGAUUCAGUAGGUUACUUGAGAUUGCGGCCUUUUCCAUUGUUGGCAAAAUGACCAGAAUACAUGGUCCUUGUUAACCGGCUGCCCCCCCCUCUACAUCCUGUAGCAGCAGGGAGAGUGCUGAGGGGCAGAAGGGUUGUAUAGUUGAAUAAUAUUCAGCUAUACAACCCUUCUGCUAGACAUAUUAUGUUAGUCUAGUCAGCCCAACUCAUUGAUCUUUUAUCUGAGGGAUGUUUGUGCAAGUAAGAAUCAAUGGCUCUGACCAAGGCUCUGAAAAAGCAGACAACACUUGCUGCAAUUAGUCAUGUGAAAUUCUAAGCAGGCCUCAUUCGCGCAUAUUUAGAGACAGUUUUUUAUUCUUCAGCAUCCACUUUAUUUUGUGGAGUUCAUAACUACUGCUGAGAGUUUCUGAUAUUUCUCAGUAUGUGGUAGAAAAACAACCUCUUGCUUUCUUAAAUCAUCAAUGGCCCUUCCUACUCCAAGAAAAGUAAUAACAGAGCAAACAUUACCGUCAAAUGCAACCAUUCGUCAAUUCCAUUAUCUGCAGUGGGAGACCAUAUAUUGGCCAAUGGUUCGUUAACAUUUCCUGUGCCACUUUUUCAGGACUUUAGGGGCAUACUGCAUGUGUAACACCUGCACUUGCCUUUCAUAACAGGCUAGCUUUUUUCUGUCACCAUUCACUGGGUAUGCGUAUAAAACAUGCCAUUUGGGAUUAUUCAGACAUAACUCUGAGAUGCAAAAUGUUCCAUUCAUGUAGUGAUUAGUGCACUUCAAAAAAGAACACUAAGAAGCUGACAUUACUGAAGUAAAGGAUUAACUCUGCCGUGAUGACUGCUUCCUGGCAGACACAGUCAAAGGUGUUAUGGGAGACAUACUCCACUGCAAUCACUAUGAGCAGUUUUGCCUUAGCCUGAGAUUGCCUUUUUUAGGCUAAACUAAGCAUUGUUUUCCACCACCAGGGUAUUUUUUAUUUUGUUAUUUAGCCUUUAUUUAUACAGGUGUAGAUCUCAUUGAGACACAAGGUCUCAUUUUCAAGAGAGACCUGUCAGUGGUAACACUACCACACAAAGUUACAGACAGACAGGACACUAAACACAGAGGCAACACUAAAAUACAACAUCGUAACAAAGUAGUCAUUAAAAUCCAUAUACAGCAGUCAGAUAUAGCAGGUGCAAACACCGUCAGAUGAUUUCUCCAGCUUUUUUUAAAUGAGUUUAAAAUCCGUGAUGGGUAUCAAAGUGGUCAGCUUAAGUUCCUGCUGAAGUGUAUUCCAGAUCGAGGGGGCAGAGUACGAUAUGGCUUUUUUCCCAAGCACCGUGCUUACUGAGGGGACGGACAGAGUGAUGUAAUGUUGAGAUCUUAGUCUAUAGCUGUACUGUUUGUGUGAUAUGUAAGUAGAUAUGUAGAGGGGCAGCAGUCCAAGCAUAGCGGUAUAGAUCAGUUUGUACCAGUGCAGUGAUCUGCGCAUUGAUAAUGAUGUCCAGUUGACUAAAGCGUACAGCGUGCAAUGGUGUGCGAGGGGUUUACAGUUGGUUAUGAACCUCAGAGCCCCAUGGUAAACAGCGUCCUACAGAUGAAGGGAGUGAGCUGAGGCGUUCAUGUACACAACAUCCCCGUAGUCCAAGAGCGGCAAAAAUGUAGCAGCUACAAGCCGUUUCCUCGCACUUGUGGAGAAGCAGGCCUUAUUUCUAAAUAUAGGUAUAUAAUGAUUUGGAGAUAAAUUGUAAUUACAUUGGUAAAAUGUCAACCUCAUAAAAAGAAAAUGUGAUAAUGCCAUAUUUGCACAUUGACUAGUCUCCUAUUGUGUAGAUGUGAUCGUGACAUUUAAUGUCUCGGGUAAACAAUCGAAGUACAGGCAGUGAAUGAACAGAGCAGCACUUGAGGCUCUCUCUCUCUCUCUCUCUCUCUCUCUCUCUCUCUCUCUCUCUCUCUCUCUCUCUCUCUCUCUCUCUCUCUCUCCCUCUUUUUUUGCACAUAAUGCUUACCUACUGUUUAAUUUUGUAAUUAACAUACAUGAAUCUUUAACUCAUCUUAAUUGAAUUGCGGCGAUUUUAAUUAAGGGCUAUUUUAAAACUGUAAUGGGACACGCCUCUAUUACUCUUUGUCUGAUAAACGCAGGGGGCAGGGCAAAUGAACACGCUUAACUUUAAUGAAAAUCAAGAGAUCAUGCAUUAAUGCUGCCUGAACAAAAAAACCUUAUUCAACAGACACACUGUAUUUCUGGAAUGCCUUUCACUGCAGGUGAUGUUUGACAUAUAAUGCAUUACAGAAAUAAGAUAAAAAAAACAAUAAACAAGGCUUUGUCCUCCCAGAACUGUUCCUGAUCUCUUUCUCUCAUACCCUCUUGCACCACUUGACAAUCCCUCUAUCAUGAUUGAUAGAAAUUACAGUUAUAGUAGACAGAGGACAAUUCCCCUGCAUAUUCCUAGAAAAGGUAAUAACAGGAAAGGGGCUUUUGUCAAAGUAAUGACUCAUCAAUGUUCUCCCACAAACCUCUGCUCCAGGAGGUGAAGAUAAUGUCAAAGUUGGACACUUUUCUUUGCUUCAAAGAAUUGUACAGAUACAUAUGACAUUACAGUUUAAUGAGCCGAAUGUCUCUGAAUGUAAUCCCUCAGUGAUACCCAUGCUGUGCAGCCUUUAUUAGAUGCACUGCAAUGCAUUUAUAUAUGGUUCUGCUUCACCAUAGAGGCUGUGGCAAUGUGCUAGUGUGGAACUCACUCUGUAAUAUCAUCUCAAUGUCAUCCCUGAGAUAAUCAUGAAAUAGCUUUGGAGUUUCUGAUGAAACUGAAAGCGUGAACUAAUAAUAGCAUGAACAAAUAAUGCUUCAUCAACUCUGCCGAUGAAAAUGAAUGAUCAAGGGAACUGAGUCUCUGAAUGCUACUUAAAUGGGAGGGAAAAUACAUCUAUCCUGAAAUCCUCUUGCAUUGCUAGAUAUCAUCUGUUUGUGUGCAGUGUAUUAUUGAAGUGUUGGAGUUUAUUAUUUUUAGUGAACCCACUUCCCCCCAUGAACCAUCUUUCCCUCACAUAUCUCGUCAGCUACCACUCCAGCUAGCAAUUUCAUUUGGUUCUUGCAGAACUUCAAACACCAUCUGAAGUGGACUUGUUUCAUUCAAUCAAAGGUGUUUCCACUCUACACAUGGGGUCUUGGGUUCUACCAAUGGCUGCAUUGAAUUCUAGGGUGCUGAUGCGACUGUCAGUGUCGAAGGUUCUUCUGCCUCAUCUUGAUGUGUUUCUUCGUGUCUGACUGUUGGACAUUGGUGCACAUUGUUUUAUCUAAAUAGUUAUCACCGCAAUAAACCGUAUUUAAUUUUG